AUGAAAGAGUUUUCAAGGAUGAUGAGGAUUUCAGUACCCUUUGUGGGGCUCAUACUCAUGUUUCUGUGCAACUGGGCAGCCUUGACGGUAGCACAAGCAGAAUACAUGAAAUACAAGAACCCAAAGCACCCCAUGAACGGUAGAAUAAAAGACCUGAUGGGGCGGAUGACGCUAGCCGAAAAGAUUGGUCAGAUGGUGCAAGUGGACCAUAUGGUAGCGACGCCUGAGAUCAUGAGGGACUACUCACUAGGCAGUAUUCUGAGUGGUGGAGGAAGCGUGCCACGCCCUCAGGCUACCGCGCAGGAUUGGUUGAGCAUGGUGAAUGAAUUCCAAAACGGUUCACUCUCUACCCCUCUCGGUAUUCCUAUGAUUUAUGGCAUCGACGCCGUUCAUGGACACAAUAAUGUGUACAAGGCCACAAUUUUCCCCCACAACGUCGGUCUUGGAGCUACAAGGGAUGCUGGCCUUGUGAAGAGGAUUGGUGCAGCAACUGCUCUUGAGGUUAGAGCUACGGGGAUCAACUAUGUUUUUGCUCCAUGCAUUGCGGUCUGUAGAGAUCCCAGAUGGGGCAGGUGUUACGAGAGCUACAGUGAGGAUCCCCAAAUUGUCAAAGAAAUGACGGAUAUCAUUCUUGGGUUGCAAGGCGACAUUCCAGCUGAUUCCCGAAAGGGUGUACCGUAUGUCGGUGGAAAGGAUAAGGUUCUGGCUUGUGCAAAACACUUUGUGGGUGAUGGCGGCACCACCAGGGGAAUAAAUGAGAAUAACACAGUAACUGAUUGGCACGGAUUGUUGAGCACUCACAUGCCUGGCUACUACCACGCUAUUAUCAAGGGCGUAGGCACAAUUAUGGUUUCCUACUCGAGUUGGAAUGGCAAAAAGAUGCAUGCUAACCGCGAUCUUGUCACCAAUUUUCUCAAGGGCACCCUUAGGUUUAGGGGCUUUGUUAUCUCUGAUUGGGAGGGUAUUGACAGGAUUACCUCUCCUUCCCAUGCAAACUACUCAUAUUCAGUUUUGGCCGGGGUUCAAGCCGGUAUUGACAUGAUCAUGGUUCCCUACAACUACACCGAGUUCAUCGACACCUUGACCAACCAUGUCAAUAACAAGGCUAUUCCCAUGAGUCGGAUCGAUGAUGCUGUUAGGAGGAUACUAAGGGUCAAGUUCACGAUGGGUCUGUUUGAGAACCCCUUAGCUGAUCAGAGCUUUGUCGGCCAGCUUGGAAGCCAGGCUCAUAGAGAUUUAGCACGGGAAGCUGUGAGAAAGUCAUUAGUUCUCCUAAAGAAUGGAGAAACUGCAGACAGCCCUGUGCUACCUUUGCCCAAGAAAGCAUCAAAGAUCCUCGUUGCUGGAAGCCACGCCGACAAUUUGGGCUAUCAAUGUGGCGGUUGGACUCUCACUUGGCAGGGACUCGGUGGAAACAACAACACUGCCGGAACUACCAUCCUGAGCGCCAUUGAAGCAGCUGUUGAUCCGAGCACGGAAGUUGUCUUUAGCGAGAACCCUGACGUUAAUUUUGUCAGGUCCAACAACUUCUCCUACGCCAUAGUCGUUGUAGGAGAGCCACCUUACGCCGAGACGCAAGGGGACAGCUUGAACCUGACAGUAAGCGAACCGGGUCCGAGCACAAUCACCAACGUGUGUGGAGGAGUCAAGUGUGUUGUUGUCGUGGUCUCUGGUCGGCCUCUCGCGAUUGAGCCAUAUGUGACACAGAUGGAUGCAAUUGUGGCUGCAUGGCUUCCUGGCUCUGAAGGCGACGGAGUUGCUGAUGUGCUUUUUGGUGACUACGGAUUCAGUGGGAAGCUUCCUCGUACUUGGUUCAAGACCGUCGAUCAGCUCCCAAUGACUGUUGGUGAUCCUCAUUAUGAUCCACUGUUUCCAUUUGGUUUUGGCCUUACAACAGAGCCACUUCAGGCGUAAAUCUGUCUUUCUUUAUUUUCUUUUCUUUUUUCAGUAUUUGUUUCAGUCUUUAGCUGAAACAAGAAUGGACGUAAUUUUUCAGUCUUAGAUUUUAUUAAAACUCUACUAUGCUUGUUGUCGU